GCGUGUCCUGCGCGGCGGCGCAUGCGCGGUAGCCUCCUCCCCCCCCCCCACUCAGCCGGUAACGGCGUCCGCCGGUGUCGGUGUCGGCCAUGUCGGGCCGCGGGAAGCUGAUCGCGGUGCUGGGGGACGAGGACACGGUGACCGGGUUCCUGCUGGGCGGCGUGGGCGAGCUGGAUAAGCACCGCAAGCCCAACUUCCUGGUGGUGGAGAAGGAGACCAGCCUGGCCGAGAUCGAGGAGACCUUCCGGAGCUUCCUGAGCCGGGAGGACAUCGGGAUCAUCCUGAUCAGCCAGUGCCUGGCGGAGCUGAUCCGGCACGCCGUGGAGGCCCACUCCCGGCCCCUGCCCGCCGUCCUGGAGAUCCCCUCCAAGGAGCACCCCUACGACCCCACCAAGGACUCCGUCCUGCGCCGCGCCCGCGGCCUCUUCACCCCCGACGACCUCCGCUAGGGACCCCCCGCCCUGUGCCCCCAAAACACGCCCCACCCUGGGGGUCUACGUCACACCCCCGGCGGUCCUCAUCCCACCCCAGGGUGCUGUUGGGGAUCCCCCAUCCCACCCUGGGGGUCCUCAUCCCACCCCAGGGUGCUGUUGGGGAUCCCCUAUCCCACCCCGGGGGUCCUCAUCCCACCCCAGGGUGCUGUUGGGGAUCCCCUAUCCCACCCCGGGGGUCCUCAUCCCACCCCAGGGUGCUGUUGGGGAUCCCCCAUCCCACCCUGGGGGUCCUCACCCCCCCCCCCCAGGGUGCUGUUGGGGUGGGGGGGGUUGUCCCGGCGUUGCCCCAUGACUCCUCCAUCCCGUGACGGGCGCUGGAAGGGGAAGUGCGGCGGCUGCCGGAUUUUGCCCGCCGCUGCCGGAUUCUGCCCGCCACGGCUGGUGUGGGCAGGGGAGGAGACGUCCCCGAGGGGGUGUCGGGGUGGGGGGGGACACCCCAAGGACACGAGGUGCUUGUGUUGUCACCAUAACCGCGGCACCCCCCCCCCCCCGACCCCAGCAGCACCCCUGGGCAGGGGGCUGGUAUUUAUUGACACCCCCCCCCAGUGUGCCCAAAUGGUGUCUGUGUCCCCAAGACGUGCUGUCACUG